UAGAAUCUAAAGCAAUCUUUCUUUUCCUUUACCAAUUGAUCAUCUUUUUAUUUAUUCAUCCUCACGGUUUAACACUGUUUUCUUGUUUAGUGACAAAAUAUCAACAAAUUUUCCUAGCUAGUGAAAAAGCAAGGUGAAAAAAAGGAGAGAUGGCUGAAAUUCUUCUUACAGCAGUCAUCAACAAAUGUGCAGAAAUAGCUGGAUAUCUACUUAUUCAAGAAGGGCCAUGCUUAUAUUGGUUGAAAGAGGACGUUGAAUGGCUCCAACGAGAAGCGAGACACAUUCAAUCUUACCUAGGAGAUGCAAAUGGAAAGUUAGUUGGAGGAGAUUUGAGGGUGAAAAACUUGAUAAAGGAUAUUGAAGAACUUGCAGGUGAUAUGGAGGAUAUCUUAGAUGAGUUCCUUCCCAAAAUUGAAUCGCAUAAGAGAGAAGGAGCACUUGGUUGUCUUAAAGAGUUAGCUUGUGUUCUUUGUCAUACUCGCUUUUCCAAUAAGUUUUCUAUGGAGAUUGAGAAGAUAAAAAGAAGGGUUAAUGAGAUUAAUCGUGUGAGGACAACUUUUGGUAUCACCGAUACAAGUAACAAGAAUGAUCGAUGUGAUUACAUUCCAUUGGAUCGUGGAAGAUUAUUUCUUCAUACUGACGAGACAGAGGUGAUUGGUUUGGAUGAUGACUUUAAUAUGCUACAAGUCAAACUACUUGAUCAAGAUUCGCGAUAUGAAGUAAUUUCGAUCAUUGGCAUGCCUGGUGUGGGCAAAACAACUCUUGCCAAGAAACUUUAUAAACAUGUCUAUAAUCAAUUCGAGUGUUCAGCACUGGUCUAUGUUUCACAACAGCCAAGAUUGGGAGAAAUCUUUCUUGACAUAGGCAAACAAGUUGGACUGACGGAAGAGGAAAGGAAAGAUAACUUGGAGGACAACCUGCGAUCACUUUUGAAAAGAAAAAGGUAUGUUCUACUCUUGGAUGAUAUUUGGAAUGUUGAAAUUUGGGAUGACCUGAAACUUGUCGUUUCUGAAUGUCAUUCAAGAACAAACAGUAAAAUAAUUAUAACAUCUCGGAAUAGCGAUGUAGGCAGAUAUAUAGGAGGGAAUAACUCGCUUCACAUGUUGCAACCCCUAGAUUCAAAGAAAAGCAUUGAACUCUUUACCAAUAGGAUUUUCACUUUUGAUAAUAAUUAUUGGGAGAAUGUUUCAUCAGAUUUGGAAAACAUCGGUAAAGAGAUAGUUGAGAGAUGUGAUGGUAUGCCACUAGCCAUUGUGUUGAUUGCAGGCAUGUUAAGGGCAAGGGAGAGAACUGAACAUGCAUGGAAUAGCGUACUUGAGACUAUGGGUCAAAAUAUUCAAGAUCAAUGUGCUAAUAUAUUGGCUCUAAGUUAUAAUGAUUUGCCCACUGCAUUAAGGCCAUGUUUUUUGUAUUGCGGUCUUUUUCCCGAGGACCACGAAAUUCCUGCAUUUGAUCUUAUAAAUAUGUGGAUUGCUGAGAAGUUCAUAGUAGUGGGUACGAGCAAUAGGAGAGAAGUUGAGGAUAUAGCAGAGGAUUUCUUAAAUAAUUUGGUUUCAAGAAAUCUUAUUCAAGUUUCAAGGAGAACAUUUCAGGGAAGAAUUGCGAGUUGUCGCAUACAUGAUUUGCUACAUAGUUUGUGUGUCACAUUGGCCCGGAAAAUUAACUUCUUUCUCACCAAGGACAAUCCACAAGAUGAUCUUGGUAGUGUCACUAGGUUGCGAAGGCUUGCAUUCUACUCUGGUGGUGUUGAUGAAUUCUUCUCUUCAUAUGCCAAGCCUAAGAAGCUUCGCGCCCUCUUGUAUUUCAGUGAAGACAAUUACCCAUCUUCUCUUAAAACUCAUCUUAACAUGAAGUUAUUGCGAGUGUUGUCUAUGCAUAUUCCUGAGAGUAAUUCCCGGAGGCCUGUCAGUAUCCCGGAAGGAAUUGGGAAUUUGAGUUGCUUAGGCUAUCUCAAAUUAUGGGGUCCAAACUUCGUUGGUAACAUACCACGUAGUAUUGUCAAAUUCAAACAUUUAUUGACCCUAGAUAUUGAAUGGACCAAUCUACGCAUUGCUUUUGAUGUUAUGGAGAUGAAACAAUUGAGACAUCUUCGUAUUUCACAAUUUGUUCAGCCAAUGUACAUGUCAAGCACAAUAUUCUCCUCAGUCAAUGCGUUAUUGCCUAAUCUACAAACUCUAAUGGGCAUGGAUGUUUGCUACAUGAAAUCAGGAUGGUUGCACCAAUUGACCAAUCUAAGAAAAUUGAGCUUAAAUGUAAAUAACGAUUCCAUUGUUGAGGUACUUUCAACUCAGCGUAUGGCAAUACUGCCAAAGCUAGAGGUUCUGAAGCUGAAGAGUUUGUUGCAAGGCUACCAACAUGACCAACAAAUCAACUUGUCUUCCUAUGAUAAACUUCGUAAGCUGAGUUUGUUAUAUACGGACUUGAAAAUUGUGGAUUUUGAAGCAUUGCCUGCAAAACUCGCCAAGCUUUCUCUUAGGUAUGUUCAACUAGAUACGAAUCAUAUAUCGAUGAUCAAAAGACUGCCCAAAUUAAAGAUACUCAAAUCGAGGAAUUGUUGGCUUCCAUAUGGAGAGAGUACAUUAGACCUUUCUGGUGUCGAUAGAUUUAUGCAACUUGAAGUUCUGCACAUUAUUGGGCAGAACUCGUGGGACGUGGUAACCGUGGAUGAGUUGGCUGUGCCAAAAUUGAAGAAAGUAAUAGUUUCUCAUGCACCAAAUAUCAGGCUCUCUGAACGGCUGGCCAGGCUGAGAAUAUAAAGACGCUGUGAAUGGAACGGGAUGCAAGUUUAAAAUGUGUGGAAAUUUUAGUGAUAUCUCAAAACAAAGUGCAUGGAGUAGUCUUGGUUCUGUUCUUUCUGAUGAUGAUGAGAUUCCUGUUGGCAUUGUGAUAAAAAGGUUUGAUUGAUAAUGGAGUUUUUGUAGCUGUGAUUUUCAAAGACAUUUGUUAUUUGUAACUUCAUUUUGUUUAUUGCACUUUCAUUUUGUUUAUUGCACUACUAAAAGUGAGAAUAAUUUUUACAUCCGUGAGAAAUCUAUU